UGCUCGAGAAGCUACACCUCCUGCAGCGGGCUUCUUUGUGAAGGGGAACUGCUGUAUUCUUUUUUUCAUCCCAGCUUUCGGGUCUCAUGGACAAACUCUUUGUAAAUGCUUUUUAAGAAUCAUAACUCUAGGAAAUCGCACACUGGCUACUCAGCAGGCCCUGGCCUUGAGUCUUAUUUGAAGGGGUUUAACUUCACUGGUGAACCACCUUGGCUUCUCUGCACCUGAGUAACAGCAACACUAAAUUCCAUCUCUUUUGUAUCCAGUUUACUAGUGACUAAUCAAAAGGACUCCUUGUGACCAUGAACACUGCCACUCCCACCGAGUUUGAAUUCUCUUUCCUGGAGGAGGGUUUCUCUGCCCGGGAUAUUGUUGAGCAGAAGAUCAACGAGUCUAUGACGGAUGACAGGGAUGCCUUCUACGUCUGUGACUUGGGAGAUGUGGUUAAGAAACAUCUGCGAUGGAUGAGGGCCCUGCCUCGUGUGACUCCUUUCUAUGCUGUCAAAUGCAAUGACAGCCGGGCCAUAGUUAUGACACUGGCAUCUCUUGGAAGCGGUUUUGACUGCGCGAGCAAGACGGAGAUUCAGCUGGUUCAGUCUCUGGGAGUGGAUCCAAGCAGAAUCAUCUAUGCAAACCCCUGCAAGCAAGUUUCUCAGAUCAAGUAUGCGUCUGCCCAUGGGAUCCAGAUGAUGACCUUUGAUAGUGAGGUGGAACUCAUGAAAGUGGCCCGCUGUCAUGCCAAUGCCAAACUAGUUCUGCGUAUUGCCACGGAUGACUCAAAAGCGAUGUGUCGCCUGAGUGUGAAGUUUGGAGCCCCACUCAAAGCUUGUCGAGGUCUUCUGGAGCGGGCUAAAGAACUGGGGCUGGAUGUGAUUGGCGUCAGCUUCCAUGUUGGCAGUGGCUGCACUGAUGCCAACACCUAUGCACAGGCUAUCGCUGAUGCCCGCUGUGUUUUUCAUAUGGGGGAUGAGCUUGGCUUCAACAUGGAUCUCUUGGACAUUGGUGGUGGUUUCCCUGGUUCAGACAAUACUGAACUCAAAUUUGAAGAGAUCACAGCUGUACUCAACCCAGCCCUGGACAAGUAUUUCCCUGCUGACUCUGGUGUUAAGAUCAUUGCUGAGCCAGGACGUUUUUACGUGGCUUCUGCUUUCACACUGGUUGUCAACAUCAUUGCCAAGAAGGUCAUCAUGGAUGAGGACUCUGACGAGGAAGAUGAAGGGACCACUGACAGGACUCUGAUGUACUACGUCAAUGAUGGAGUGUAUGGAUCUUUCAACUGUAUACUCUUUGACCAUGCUCACUGCUUGCCAAUACUGCAUAAGAAACCAAAGCCAGAUGAGGCCAUGUACCCCUGCAGUAUCUGGGGCCCAACUUGUGAUGGCCUCGAUCGCAUUGUUGAGCAGUGUAACCUGCCCGACCUGCAGGUGGGCGACUGGCUGGUCUUUGAGAACAUGGGUGCCUACACUAUGGCUGCCUCCUCCACCUUCAAUGGCUUCCAAAGACCUGACCUUCACUAUGUCAUGUCCCGCCCUGCUUGGCAACAAGUGCAGCAGAUUCGUUCCCAGGGCAUGCCAGCUCCUGCAGAGGAGUCUGGCCCAUUCGAGGUGUCUGCCUGCUGUGGCCAAGAGAGCAGCUUGGAGAUGCCCACCAAGCCUUGCCAGACCCGUGUGGUUUAAACACAGCAAUGUUCUCCAGAUCUAUCAUCCUUCUUUAUUAAAUUUUGGCGAAGGUUUCUUUUUGGAUUUUUUUUUUUUUCUCCUUUCCCCUUCUCCUCAAAUGUACGUGAAUUUUCCCAGGCCAGUUACUUGACAGGGGAAUGAGAGGGACAUGUUGUUGCACAAUUUCUGUUCUGUAUGGAAGCUGGGGAUCAACCCACAAUGAAAUGAGGCUGAAUCACACUCUGAGUGUCUCUAUGGGUUCUGGGCAGAGUGUUACAGGGCAACUCUGUACUUGAAUUUGUUUGUGCAGUCUUCUUGCCCUACCCUGGGGCAAUGACUGCAAGAACUGGAGUACUGUAGUUCAUGAAGAACCUAUUUGCUUAGUUGGAAUAGUGUAGGGGAAAUGAACAGUUGCUUUUCACAAUAAAUUGCAAAACUACUUUGCUGAAGGUUUCCCUUCACCACAGGACUCACAACACUUGAAACUGUAGCAGUAGUCUGGGAGGUGAAGGGUUACUCAUGCUAUUAAUUUAAUAAUAUAAAAAAAGAAUAAUAGCAGAUUGCUUACAGCUUAGGCAGUAACCAGUGCUGUUUGACAUGUAAAAUGUAAGGGGGGUUGGUGAUUUAACUGCUGACCCUUCAAAGCCCUGUUAACAGCUGAAGUCACAUCCCUAGCUAGUAACUCGCAAAGAGGUGGUUGGAGGGGUGAUUUAAUUCCUCAAAAAAGGCUGCUAUGUUAAUAUUUAUCUUUUCCAUGAUCUCCACUUCUGUACAGAACCCCUCAAGUGUUAAUCCUAAAGAUGUUAACAUAUCAAGGAAUGCUAUAUUUAUUCUUUUGUUUUUUUUUUUUCAUUUUUUUCAUAUGAUAGCUAUUCGGUGUGUUAUGUUCUGUAAAUGCUUCUCUGCUGCUUAUGGCCAGAGCUACUUUUUCCCCAUGCAAAAUCUGAAUAUGUAUACUCAAAGGAAAUACCAUAAGCAUUACUCUGUAUGCCAAAACACUAUAAAGUGUGACUGUGUGCCGAUAUGGCUGCAGCAGUUGAAACAACUUUUUUGAAAGCAAUGUCCAUGCAUUUACUAAACAGACAUUUCAGCUACCAGCCAUAUAAUCUUCACAUUUGUCCAUGUCACCAGACACUGCAGGUGCCACCAAAAACAAAUCUUCAAGAUUAACACUUAGAACACAGGGACUCAAAAAGCAGACUGCACCCCUUCUCUUCUCCUCCUUAUCUUGUUGUCUUUCUAUGUUUUUUUUGUUUUUUUUUAACUUGUAUAAGGCAAGAAAUCUGUUCAUGGUAUUAAUUAGAAGCAGUGUAUAACCAUACCAUUUGAAAUUGACUCGAAAGAGAUGGGAUUGCUAAUUCAUAAUGCUUUCCUAUGGAAACUUUUUGAAGUUUUGUAUUUUUUUAAUAAAUUAAACUUUAGGUGCAGAGCCGAAAUAUG